AUGAACCGCAACAGUGCGCCUGGGCCAGAUGGUUUUGGCCCUAGCUUCUACACGGCGGCAUGGCAAACGGUGACUGAUGCGGUAAUGGAAUUCCUGGGAGCAUUUCAUAACGAAGUGAUUCAGCUAGCCCAGGUGAAUCGGUCUUACAUGAUAUUACUGCCAAAAACACUGGAUGCAACGUCUGUGACUGCCUUUCGCCCAAUCUGUCUACAAAACUGUUGCGUCAAAAUUUUGGCCAAGAUUCUAACAACACAACUGCAGGCACAGAUCAAGAGUUUGGUUGAUCUUGACCGGACGGGCUUUAUCAAAGGUCGAUCCAUCACUGAGAAUUUUGUUUAUGCAACGGAACUGGUGCAGUACUACCACAAGCGUAAACUGCCCACCCUAGUGAUCAAGCUUGAUUUCGCCAAGGCGUUCGACACUGUAAACUGGGAUGCUCUUGACUUAGUUCUUCAGACCAGAGGAUUCAGUGACAAGUGGCGUAGAUGGAUAAUGUGCAUUUUGCAAUCUUCUCAUUCAGUAGUGCUAGUCAAUGGUGUUCCGGGGCCUUGGACCAAUUGCCGUCGCGGCCUCCGACAGGGAGACCCGAUGUCACCAUACUUAUUCAUACUAGUGGCAGAUGUGCUACAAAUGCUUAUUAGAGCGGACAUCGAGAUUAGACAUCUGAUACUUCAGAACGCAGGGUGCCCGGUCUUGUAA